GCGAGAGCACCCGGCUGUCAAUCCGGCACGCGCGCGCACCCCGGCGACCGAGGCAGCCGGUCGGGUGGCGCACGGAGUUUCUGAAAGCCGUCCGCCGGCCGCUCCCAGCUCUUUCGGCCGGGCAGAGCGCCCAGCCCUCUCUUUGGCCGCCUUGGCGCCAAGCUCCUCGGGGCUGCUGCGCGGGACUCCGGUUCGGAGGCAAACCCCGCCGCCGCCCUCGACCCGACCCUGCGUGAGGCGCGCGCGCCGUCGGAACGAUGGGCCUCUUCGCCAAGAAGAAGAACGCGGGCGGCGCCUUCAGCCCCGAACAACAAAAUUUCUUGGACGCCUUCGACGGUUCCAGUGACGACGACGACAUCCUCUCCCCGGAUCAGCGCGAGCUGGCCAAGGUCUCGGUGGAUAUGACGCUCGCCGGGCCGCGCCUGGACACGCCGCCGCUGCUCGAGUCGGACUCGGAUUCGGUAGCGUCGGACGACGAAGGGUGCACUUAUGAGGUAGAGGCGCCGUCCGGGAAGCUCGGCGUCGCGUUUGAAAGUCGCAAGUCGACGAUUGUCAGGGAGGUCUUUUUUGACUCGCCGCUGGUUGGCGAGAUCCGGCCCGGCGACACCCUGCAGAGCGUCAACGGUAUCCAAGUAAAUGGUGCGAACUACUUGAUCCACGUCGCGGCGGCCGACAACGGAACUUCGAGAAAACUCGGCUUCAUCCGGGGCAAGCGGCGGACGCCCGUGGUCUCCCCACCGAAGCGGCGGCGGAGCGUUAUCAUACAAAAGGGCACGCUCGUGGAAUUAUUAGCAGCGGACGAGGUCGAGACCCUGGUCCAAUUCCGAGAGCCUGAGGCUUUUACGGACGCGCAUAAACGGUGCUGCGGCGGCGUUUUUUCCGUGCUCGAGCACUCUUUGGACAGAGAUGCGUUGCGGUUGGACUGCCCUUCAGAACCUUUGUGGUUCCCGCGCCAGGCGUGCGUCGUCGACACGUGGACCCAGAAUGAUGAUCUCAGCGGAGAUUUGCAGCGCGUGUCGCUCGACGGGAGCGGGGACUGGUACUAAUAUCCAUACUAUU